AUGCUUGAUAUGAACAACCUCAAGAAAACAUUGCUAGCAGGAUUCGUACUGCUCGCAUACACAGAUAUUCUGAACAACAGGUCUUAUGAUCUUGUUGGUGUAGAUAAGGGAUAUACAAAUCUCAAAGGAUACCACUACGAUAAAGAUAAAGACAUGUACGAUGAAGUUUUCAGCUACAAGCAUGAACAGAAAAUCCAUCUUGUCAUUCCUGCAGAUUUCAAUGGAAGUGGAAUAGUAAGUUACGUGCUUGUAACAAGGAAGAAUGAUGGAACAUUUGACAAUCACAUAUACUUCCGUGACAGAGAUGAAACAAAGCAUAUUGGAGAAUCCUUAGCCACUCCACUGCUAUUUACAUGCCCCGAUGAUCUUAGACCUCAACUGCUUAUCCAAUACAGCGAUGGUCUGAAAAAGGUUCGGAUUAGUGAAGAUGGAGAACUGAAAACAGAGGAUGUUGAUGAUUAUGGACGAUUACACAAUGAGCAUACUUCUGCAUUUGUUGAGCUUGAUGGGAGUAUGAAGGCAUGCCUGUGCCUAGUCAUUGACAACGGGAAUGGGAAAAAAUCACUGAGGGUAUUCAAUAAUAAGGAUGGAGAAUAUGUGAGGUACUUCGAGAUGGACCUUCCAGAUGAGAUAGGCCCAAUUGUAUUUGGAGACUUUAAUGGAAACGGUAUGAACGACAUGGCAUUUAUACAACGAAGCGGGACAAAGUAUGUUUUGAAGAUAUACUUCAACUCAACGUCAAGAGUUGGAAAUACCAACAAGCUUCUUGGUGGAUUUAUCCCGACACAGAUCAACUCAACUGUGUUUUCUGAGGGAGAUAUGGAGAUAGUGGAUCUAAGCUUGAUGUUUCCGAAUUGCACGCCAAUCCUUAAAUCUGAAGAACAUUUUGGUGGGAUGCCAUAUGGAAUAUUCUCUGCUGAUCUGAGAGCAAAAGGUAAAGUGGACUUCUUUAUUGUGAUGAAGGACAUUGAUGGCAGCACAAGAGUUGGAGCCCUUGAAAACCAUUCUGAACCUGGCAAGGCAUUAUUUGAAAAAGCAGAGUAUCACGAUGAUAUUCACAAACUGAAGAAUGUAAUAUCCAUAAGCUGCUGUGACUAUAACAGCCGAGGAAGAGAAGCCGUGUUUGUGAAUCGUGUUGUUGACAACGAAGCUGUUCUUGAAGUGUAUGAAAACAACCUUUCGAAAGAGAAUCUCAAGCUGAGUCUCUCAGCAAUCUAUCCAAGGCAUGAAGCAUAUGGAUGCGCUAUUCCUGGCGUUUCUUAUCUGAUAUCUUACUGUGACGGAGAGAAGGUGCAUAUUUCGAGUCAGAUGGCCUACAGCACGUAUGUGCACCUAAAACAUCACGUGGCAUAUAUUGGGCUUGGCACAAUGAAUCUGAUUGUUGAUAUACUGAUGAUAGGGACGCCUGGAAGCAAUACAAGUCCAUAUGCAGGACCAUAUGCCAUUAAUUCAAUUGCAAUCCCAAACACUGAUUUAGUCGUAUACCUUCAAGAAAAUGGCAACUACACGGUGGAGGCACAUUUUAUUGUUGGAGAGCACUUUAAGACAAUAAUAAUUGCUCUCUUUGGUGUUGCAUUUGUCAAUCUGAUAUUCAUAGUUCUACUCCGACUCAAGGAUAUACGAAGAAUGAAGAUGGCAAACAGCAAAGAUGCACUACGUCCACUGUUUUCUACACUUAAAUAA